CAUCAGGGAAACAUGUGUGGAUCUGCACGCAACGUGUUGGCCGCUUUGAGGCAGAAUUGCUUCCUGAUCUUUCCAUUAAUUGGUUCUCUAUGUUCGUUUCUGGUCUUCAUAGAGAUGAUACAAAAACUUUCUUUUCCCUCUGAAACAAACUGGUCUCCGCUGCGGCUCCUGGGGCCUGCGACGUGGCUACCACUGAUUACUGACACAGGAAAGCUCGUUGCUGUACAAACUAUGAUACACAGUAUCCUGUACUUCAUAGCAUGUUACUAUCUCAUCCAGGGGAUUUCACAGAGAACUGAUGCACUGAUGGCCCCAUGGUAUAUGAUGCAUAGCUUCUUUUUCACGUACCAAAUGAUACUGAUACUAGUCUUCGAGAAUGAUUACAACUCAGCUCAAAACAUUGUGGCAGCUGGUAACGCCUUUUAA